AUGUUGCCAUCAUUGUUCAUGCGGCUGUUACUACUGCUAUUAACAACAUGUGCAACAAUAAGCUGGGCAGUGUUCGAGUGUGCAAGUCAUGAAACGACGGCAUUUGUCCGUAUAGCACGAGCACGUCUCUCCGGAACACCAGUUGUUGUAUCCACUGCCGGACAUGACCUCACAUGCGCUCAGUAUUGCCGUAACAAUAUUGAACCAACAACAGGAGCUCAACGAGUCUGCGCUUCGUUUAAUUUUGACGGUCGUGAAACGUGCUAUUUCUUUGAUGAUGCUGCCACUCCAGCAGGUACUGCUAAUUUGGCAUCAAAUCCAUCAGCAAACAAUUUUUACUACGAGAAGACAUGCAUCCCAGGUGUUAGCGCACAUGAAGCAUGCACAUACCGAUCAUUUUCAUUUGAACAUACCCGAAAAACUGCUUUAGAAGGAUUCGUUCGCAAAUCCGUCCAGGUUGGGUCUCGUGAGCAGUGUCUAUCAGCAUGUCUUAAAGAAGAAGAAUUUGUUUGUCGAUCAGUAAAUUACAAUUAUGACACUUAUUUAUGCGAAUUAUCAACAGAAGAUCGGCGCUCCAAGCCGAAUCAUUUACGGCACAGUGACUCUCCCGUCGAUUAUUAUGACAACAACUGCCUAUCCCGUCAAAAUCGAUGUGGUGAAGCGGGUGGUAACCUGGUUUUCGUAAAAACGACAAAUUUUGAGAUUCACUUUUAUGAUCAUACACAGUCUGUUGAGGCACAGGAAUCAUUCUGUUUACAAAAGUGUCUCGAUUCCUUAAAUACAUUUUGUCGUUCCGUGGAAUUUAGUCCAUCCGAAAAAAAUUGCAUCGUAAGCGAUGAAGAUACAUUCUCCAGAGCAGAUCAGCAGGGUCAUAUACAGGGCAAGGAUUACUACGAACCUGUUUGCGUUGCAGCAGAUCUCAGUUCCUCGACUUGUCGUCAGCAGGCAGCCUUUGAGCGCUUCAUUGGUAGUCAGAUAGAUGGUCAACCAGUUGCUUCCGCUCAGGGUGUUACCUUAUCAGAUUGUAUAUCACUGUGCUUCCAGAAUCUGAACUGUAAAAGUAUUAAUUAUGAUCGCACACAAAUGACUUGUUAUGUGUUUUCGGUUGGACGUUCAGAUGCAAAUAUUAAACCAAAUCCUUCGACCGAUUUCUAUGAAUUUAACUGUGAAUCACAGUUUGGCGGUAUGGCCUUGUGUACCAACGAGGGAAUACGCUUCAUUGUGAAUACCAAAGAACCAUAUACGGGGGCUAUUUAUGCUGCAGAACGAUUUGGUACUUGUUCACAAGUUGUUGAAAACGCCAAACAAAUUUCGAUCAAUUUCCCACCACCUACUGUGUCCUCUGACUGUGGUACCGUUAUUAAGGAUGGUAAAUUGGAAGCGUUAGUUGUUGUUUCAUUGGAUGGUGUGUUACCGCAUCAAGUAACCACUGAAUGGGAUCGUUUCUAUCGCGUUUCUUGUGACAUAUCCAUGGAUAAGAUGAUGCAUGAAGGUUCGGUUAUUGUCACAACAAUUUAUGAUGCGGGGGAAACGAACACACGUGUUCUUGCUGUAGGAACUCCACCACCGGUAACUGCAACGUUGUCUUUCCUUAGUGAUGAUGACGAACUCCUGGAAAAAGCUUCAAUUGGUGAUUCAAUCCAAAUGGUUGUUACAUCUGAACAAGCUGGACCGCACAAUAUGAUGCUAACCGAAUGUACAGCAACAAGAGUUGGUGGAGAGGGUGACGCUGUACCUUUUACGAUUAUCGAAAAUGGCUGCCCACGUUACCCGGCCCUGGUUGGCCCCGUUCGACAAGAUUUUGAGAAAAACCGCCUCAAAUGUGACAUGAAAGCAUUCCGAUUAGAUGGUUCCUACGACGUUCAAAUUUUAUGUCAAGUAAUGUUUUGUGCUGGACCUAAUGGAUGCCCACCGAGUAACUGUUUGGAUUCUGGAACGAAUGAGCUCUUCAUGUCUCAUGGACGGCGGAAACGAAGUGUCGAUGAAAAUGAUCAAACAGAAGGUACACUGUCUGCAAUAAUACGAGUUCUCGCAAAAGGAGAAAACGAAGAAGUUUUACAAAAUACUACCUUCCCAAAUAACACUUUUUCGGAAGAAUUCGACCUGGUGUGCAUGUCUGAGGUGUGGUUCAUUUCAUCAGUCGUGUCCGUAUCUGUGGUAUGCUUGAUUCUAUCCGCAUUUAUUGUUGUAUGGGGCUGUAGUGCUUUGAAGAAGGAAAAGUUGCCAUUGUAA